GCUAACUCAUCUCGCAAGAUCACAGCAGCGAACCAUGAGGUCGUCGGCUGCCGUCGCUGGCAUCCCCGCCACCGCCGUUCGCUUUGGUACCUCUUGGGCGAAAUUGUAUGCAUCCAGCUCUCUGAAAUCCGUGUGUCCACGACCGCUCGAAGAUGCUGAAUAGAGUGCAUUAGUGGUGCAACGCGAUGUAAACAGUGCCAUGUGCAUUAUUAAAGUGUUAUUGUCCAGUGAGUAAUUGAUGUCUGGACGUCGUCGCCAUGGCCAUCAACUUCUCGGCUUCCUUCGCCGCUUGUCUGGCUGCCGGCCUCAAGGUGCCUCGACAAAUUAUGUACUGCAUCUCUCAAGAUACGGCCGCACCAUACGUUCUUUACAAAGAUGGAAUGGACCGUACCCAGGGGCAGUGGAGUAUCCAAGACCCAUACCCGACAGCCCAGCCGCAACCCCAAAACACACCGGUACCCGAGAACACCCAACAGAUAUGCGGUCCUCCAGUACCCCUGGGCGCAGAGGCCGAAGCCAUUCCUACACGAGACCAAAGUUUACCCUCUCCAGCCCCCUCACCCUACUCUGCAACCCAGGCCGAACCGAGGGAGGAUGAGAUCACGGCGGAACAAACCAAUCUGGCAAUGGAUUCCAGACCUGCCUCGCAAUGCUUUCCCACAGAUCUCCACCACCAGACUCCGCAACCGUACCAGCAGUAUACGAGACCUCCACCGCCUGCAGCGCCACCUCCCGUACCCGCCCACAUGCUAGGAGCCGGCAGUUUUUCCGCCUUGCACUACCUGAAACAGCCAGGGGUGAUGCUGGGCAACAUCUGCGACAACGGCCAUCUGGACCAGUUCAGCCAGAGCAUGCCGGACUUGAGGUCGGUGCCUUUGCCAGAGGUUGGGGACCAGCAGCACAGCAUGAAACCUCAGAAGAGCAUGAGUGCGGAACUGAGGUUGUUCAAAUGUUUAACAUGCGGCAAAGACUUCAAGCAGAAAUCGACGCUGCUGCAGCACGAGCGCAUACACACCGACAGUAGGCCUUACGGUUGUCCCGAAUGCGGGAAACGCUUUAGACAGCAAAGUCACUUGACUCAGCACCUCAGGAUACACGCAAACGAGAAGCCGUACGCGUGCGUGUACUGCGAGAGAACGUUCCGGCAAAGGGCUAUCCUGAACCAGCACCUGCGCAUCCAUUCCGGUGAGAAGCCCUAUGAGUGCCCGGAGUGCGGGAAACACUUCCGGCAGAAGGCUAUCCUCAAUCAGCACGUCCGCACACACCAAGAUGUGAGUCCCCAUCUGGUGUUCAAGAACGGCAUCAACCCGACCUUAUGGCCUCAAGACGUCCCGUUUCCAGCCGAAGAAGGCAAGGAAGAAGUGACGUCAACCUACGGCGACGGCGACGUGCAGAACGACAGAACAAACUGUUUCUCACCGAGCAACUUGCCGCCAAACCUACAAUAUCCUGCCUACUUCAAAGAUACAAAGGGAACGAACCAUCCCAUCUUCUCAUCCAGCAACAAUUUCGCCUCGUUGCAAUACAUCAAACACGCACAAGGUAACAAAGGUAUGCCAGAAAUCAUACAGCACGGCAGGUCUGCGGGUAUGCCCCUUUACGUCCGCUGUCCCAUAUGCCAAAAAGAGUUCAAACAGAAGUCGACGCUGCUGCAACACGGCUGCAUACACAUAGAAUCCCGUCCUUAUCCUUGUCCUGAAUGCGGUAAGCGGUUCAGGCAACAGUCGCAUCUCACGCAACACUUGAGGAUACACACCAACGAGAAACCGUACGGUUGUGUGUACUGCGGUAGGAACUUUAGACAACGAACCAUCUUGAACCAGCAUCUCAGGAUACACACUGGGGAGAAACCUUACAAGUGUGGUCAGUGUGGCAAGGAUUUCAGACAGAAAGCGAUCUUGGAUCAGCAUACAAGAACGCAUCAAGGGGACAGGCCGUUCUGUUGUCCUAUGCCUAACUGUAGAAGAAGGUUCGCCACAGAACCGGAGGUUAAGAAACACAUAGAUAACCAUAUGAAUCCGCAUUCGGCGAAAACCAGAAGGGAUUCCACCAGUUCUGAAAGGAAGCACAGCACCAAUGGUAUGCUUCCUCGUGGUCUCACUCCGUCGGCUGUGGUGAAGCCAGAACUGUACUUCCCGCAAUGCUACACCUCUAGCUUCAACCCUGCCACGACAAUUUCUCAGUUUCAGUCACCCCCUCCAGAGUUUAAGCCGCCUAACAAUUUGCCUGUCCAGUGACUAGCGGCCGGCUGGCAACUGGGACCUUGCAUUGGGUAGUCGUUGCCAGCAUCGUCAAAUUUUAUGGGUGACAUGCUAGAUCUCUUAAACAGGUGCAAUACUAGAUCGAAUCAUUAGAGAUUCGGCUCAUCUCGUGAAAUCGGUCGAUUCACUCUGUGAUCAUCUUGUUUUCGAUGGCGCUAAUCAAGAGUUCGAAGUAACGUAUCGAAAUAUAGUGAUAUUUUCAUGCAAAUGACCUUCAGAUAUUUUGAUGUGGGUAUGAUAUAUGUCCGAUCGAGGGUAGUUUAGAUGGUGGAGAUCAGCUGGCGUUGACCAAAUAGUUUUUAAAUUGGUUGAUAUUGCAGCAAAACGUGUAUGGUACUUCUUGUCAAGCGAGAUUUUCUGACCUGUGCCUUAGGUCCAAACCUCUGUUUUUUGAAGAUCUCAUAACUGCUCAAAGAAGUCAGGAUAGAUACGAAGGGAAAAUGUUCGAUAAUGGUAAAAUCCUAGGGAAAAUCAUUACUAUUUUUCAGUUAAUUAAAUAAAAACAAAGCGUGAAAUAUGAAGAUAAUUCUAUAUUUUCUAAAACCAGAAGCUUUUGAGCUGAAACAAAGGAAAAGCAUUUCAAUUAAGGUUUCAAAAUUCAAGAUUUCAAAUCAGCGUUAUUGCUGAUAAUUAGUGUUAGUUGCCUUGAAGAUAACUGAAAAAUCUUGUCAAAUUGAUUUAUACAUCAACUCAAAUAGAAUUAGCCUUCUUGAAAUGAUUACCUCUGUAUUUAUAUUAUCUCUUAACCACUAGAAUCUAAUCUCAGAAAAAGGUAUCAAAAACUAAGAAAAAUCUAAAAUUAGUUCAAUAUUUAUAAAGUUCAAAUAUUCUAGAAGUAACAGAUACACCAAUUUAGUUUUGACAAAGCUAGAAAAGGAAACCUAUAAUUUCAUUUAUAAGUGUGUCCUUUUCUUUGCAGGUUAUGUUUUAUAUUAUUAUAACGAUCUGAUAUUAACCAAUUCGAACACAAAUUUCAAAAGCUCGACUAGAUGCGCCAGUUGAUCUGUCCAUCAGAGUUCGAAAAGGCAAUUAUUUCAAUAAUAUAAGCUUGCAGCAUAUGGUUAUGACGACCGAAAGAUUCUAAAAGUAUCAUACCAAAUAUCUCAUUUUUUAUGAGUUCCAACCGUAGAUUUGUCUCAAAAACCACAUUUUAAAUACCUAUAGAUUUAUGUGACAACAUAUUUUAACUAUAUCCUAUUUUCAAUUGUGAUUUUAACUAAUUCACGUCGAAAAUAUUAAUAUAAGCGGGACUGAUAUUGUAAAGAGAACGAGUGUUCAUUUAUAAAAAUUGUAGAUAUAAUAUGAACAUUUGAAGGUAAAUACAUAAUGAAUGGAAGCUGCCAUAAAUAUCGAAAAAUUUAAAUGCGCAUGAACAGUAGCGUUCCUUAUUACCAGAAUCAAUACAAAAAAGAAAUGAAAUCUUUUCUUUCUGAAUUGAUUCAAAGUAGUUUACUUGAUCUAGUUUUAGCUAUUCUUCAUUCUGAGCAAGCUACGCAACUGGUCAUGCUGAAAAAAAGCUUUAUUUAAGAUUAAAACGUUUGUUUAUCUGUGAUCAACAACCUCAUGGUUAUGUUCAUCAGCAAAUUUUGUUACAGUUGUUGCUGAUUUUUUUUUGGAUUUGAUUGUUUGUGAAAUUCAUUGAAAAUUUUCGUUUUCUAAUGUCUAAUUCUGAUGUUGAGAUAAUACUCAAGUCCUUCAACUUUGCCUUCCAAAAGUGUACGGAAUAAUGUGAGAAAAAGGCAACAAAAAGUGAUAAGGUGUGGAUGUUUUCGAAUUAGUUCUAGGUUGUUUGUGAUUUUUAGUCUUUGUAGGAUAAUUACGUAAUUCAUUUAUAGUUAGCAUUUGAGGAGCAAAAUAUUAUUUAUAUUCUGAUAAAUCAAAAGAUUGCAUGAAAAAACUUGGGAAUAAUGAGUUCAUAUUGCAACUUAUCAAUCGUUUUCAUGCCUUGGUGCUACGCAUUGAACACAUAAUGAAAUAACCAAACCACUUUAUUCAUAACAUAUCAAUAAAACGAAAAAGCAAUAGUAAUAAGGUAAUAUUUUAGUAUUUUUUCAUAUAAUGUUUUGUAGGCUGGAGUUGUAUCAAUAAAUUGAAGAUCUAUUUUCGGAGCAACUUUUGUUGCUGUUGUGUGUCAAGAUCAAUGUACAAUAGAGUAGCAUCCUAUUUGUUCUUUUGGAUAACAACACCGACUCUUUAGUUUGAAGAAGAUGAAGUUUGAAAAUUCUGAAAUGCGGCACUGAUAUAAGAUAGUUAAAUGCUACAUUUCAGAAAUUUUACUUCAAACAUAGUUCUAAAUGUGCACGCUCUGUAUAUAUGUUAUUAUAGCGCCUUAUAGAGGUUAUGCUUUCAUAUUCUCUAUUUUAUAUUAUCAUUGAAACUUUCACAUCUACGACAGAAAUGUGUCCUCUCCUUCUACUCAUAUUCCUCAUCAAUCAUGAGUAUGUUUCAAAAGUAAAAAAGAACGGAUUUUGAAAAUUCUUAUCGUCCUAAAACGAUCAGGUUAGAAAUAAUUCAUUCAUGAAGAGACCAGCUUGUAUAUACUUGUUGUAUAGGCUUUAGCUAUCAGUUUUUAAUAUUAAUAAUGCAUUUUGUGGAACUGAUAUGGUGUUAAUGUUCUUCUCUCCACGUCACACAACGAUAAUGAUUCAUUAAUUCUUAAAGCAUCUGAAUUACGCUGACGAUCUAUUCGAGGAUUCGUGAUACCAAAUUUUUCAAUUUUUUUCUUCUUAUCGUGCUCAAAGAAAUCUAAUCUUAUUAUUGCAAAAAAUCAUUUCAUAUCAUAUUAUUCAUUUUCUCUCAAAUUGAUAGGUGUAAAUAAGACCUUAAAGGGCAUUUUUGCUCAUUUAUCUUUCAUUAACUGCUUUCAUCGUUGUUGGAGUAACUUUAUUAUUCAAUGUUGGGACAUUACAUUUCAAUAUUCAAGGAUUAUAAUAGUAUUGGAAUUUACAGGAAAUUUCCAUAGCGUUUGUGAUAAUAGAUGGUGCUCAUUGAAAAUGAAUAUGAAAGAUUAUAUGUCCCUUUUCGUUUUAAUUCAACAUUAGUUGAUUGUUUCGAUGUUUUAUAGGUGUUGUAUUCAAAUUUAAGACUGAUAUAGAAAUAAGGUACAUCUUAUAAAUGUUUAUGUAUGUGGAUUGAAACUUAUACUUAGAGAUUUUCAAUUGCCGUGAUAAACUUAUAGAUAGAUUCAUGAACCAUAUUCGAUUCUUAAGUCCAUCUCUAUUUUUCUACGUAUCUCAUCGAAUAAAAUUCAUUUAUUACCGUUUGACAGAUCUCUAUUUUCAUUAUUAUCUUUGAAUUGCGUCAAACUGAAAUAAAUUUUUACUUAUUGGAUCUUCCAUUUCAGACUUGUGACGAAAUUUUCUGAGGAGAACAGAUUAAUGUAGAAAUACUUGAAUAAAAUGAAUAAGGGUAUAAAUAGGAGAGAGAUCAAAAACUGAAACAGAAAACAUCAUAAUAUUUAAAAAAUCUAGCAGUUGUAUAAUGCAUGUAAAUAAGUGUUCUUGUGUAAAAACAACAGAAAUAUGUGUUACAUAUUAUAAGUAUCGCCAGAAUAUUAAAUAUUCGAAAUUAUCGUACACAUGCGAAAUGUAGUCCCGAUUUUUUUUCUGAAAUAAUUCUUAUCAGAUUUAUUCACUUGCCAAGGGAAAUUUUGAAACGAAUAUCAAAUUAAUAAAAAUUUCAUGUGCUAACUCUCUUCAUAAUAACUAUUUUCGGGUCCACAUUUUCUGAUUAUCUUGUCCAAAACUUUAUAAAUUUUUCAUAUGAUGUCAAUGGCAAGCUUGGCAUUCAGAGGCUGUGCGUAUAGUGCUAUACUUACUAACAUUAUUUGUAUACGAUUUUUCAGGGUUUUUCUAUUUUAAGUCUUCUUCCCAAAAACUACGGUUUCCAUUAUUAUAUUCCAUAUUAUUUUUACAACCUUAAUAUUUUCAUAACAUCACUAAAUUAAAUAUAUUCUAAUCAUGUAAUAUCAACUAACCGUGUGUUACAAAUUCUCCAAGUCUUUUGUUAUCCAUUUAGUCGCGUGUGAUUGUUUUCAUCAUAUACUUUCCACCGCUUUCUCCAUUUAUUUUAACUAUUUCUAAGAUUGAGAUAUCUUUGAGCAAUAUUCUCAAUACAAUAUUUUCACAAAACACGUACUACAAACUAUUCCUAUUCUAGUUUUGGUACUUCAUCUGAUUUACGAUAAAAAUUGUCUGUCUUGAGAGUGGUAUUCUACAAAUUCACUUUUCUAUCUGUAUGGUCAAUUCUAAAAGAAAUGGCCAACAUGUCAUUAACUUACCGGAAUCAAAGUAUAAGAAAGUUCAGAUAAGGCUUUAUUUGUUAACAACAAAUUGACUAGAAAACUUUCUUAUAAAACACCAAUGUAACAUUGAUUUAAAAAAAACACAAUAAAUCUCCAAUCACAGGCUUUGAAACGUAUUCAAAAAGUGAAAACGAUAAUAUUAAAAGAUAAUUGACUUUAUAAUAGUAUCUAAUAAUGGGUAUUAGUAAAAGUCCAUAAAGAAGCUUGGUAUAUAAACCUUAGAGAUAUUUGUUGAUCCAAUCAGACAAUAUAUCUGGAAUAAUAAUUGAUAGAGUUGCAAUAUGUCCUCUAAGAACCGUUUGGAUUUUAAAAAAUAUAUUUACAGUAAAUUUUCUAACCAUCCAAUUCUCUACUUCCUUUGAUCUUAUCUCAUAAUUACAUUCUAAUAAGCGUUUGGAAUCUUUUUGUUGUAAAAUGAUGAAUCUGUUAUAAAUGUGUGUUUUUCAAUUUUCUCAUAUAAUACGAAGAUUUGUAUAUAAUAGUUUUGUUUGAAGACAAUCCACAUCUGAUAUUGAAGAUAUAUAUACUUGUAGUUAUAAAUGUUUGUAAAUCGAAACAAUUUUCGUCCAGAAUACCUUAUAAGAGAAUCAUUUCAGUUUUAUUUCACACAAUAGUUAAUAUAUUUCAUGUGCUUGUGGCGUUUUACUCAUUCGAUAUCAGAAAUUCACUUUUAUAUGGUAGGUGUUAUUAUUUAUUAUUGUUCAUGUAUUUGUUAUAAGUACUCUUUGAACGUUGUUUUGAAUUCGGAAAUAAUGACUUCCAAGUUUAUAUUUUCUUUUAUGAAAGGAAUAUUUACAGAUAUAUUUUUUGAUUUUGUUGAAAAUUUUUUGUUGUUCUUUUUGUUUUGAAAUUAUUUUAUUCGAAGAUUUUUUGUUCGAGAAUUUGAUGAAAAGCCCCACAAGUAUGAAACAGAUAACCUCAUCCAUGCCAUUACUCAAUAACAGUUACUAAUAAAUGCUCAACAAAAUAUACAAUACUGAUAAUUUUUAACAACACACAUGCAAUAUUAGUGUUUUGCUCAAUAGUACAAAUGCUGUACAUAAUAGAUACUGGAAUCGUUUUAUAUUAUAAAUAUAUUCUAAUAAAUAUGUUUGAAUUGAUUCUCUUUGUAUUGCAUUUUGAAUAAAAUAUGAAUGUAUUUGUU